UUGUUCGGUUCUCAGUAGCAAACUCACCAACCAUAACCCCAACCAAACCCCAUCUCGUGAGUAGCGGAUUCACUUACCUCGACGAGCAACAAGCAUUCUACACUGCGUUGGACGCCGUCCACUGUCGUCAGCCCUGCGUGGUUGUUCUCGGUAUAAUCAGGUAUCACAAUGCCUGAUGUUCAGUCCCUUGCUAGUGAUUUCUUGAAUCAACUUAAGAAACGUAAAAUUGAAGGCUCUCAGGCCACAGCAAAGCAGACAGCAGAAGUGCUUCGGUCUGUGAUUUCUCAACAACGGGUGCCUCACACAAAUCAGGCUGGAGCUCUGAUUGAUGCAGUAAGAGCUGUGGGGGAGCAGCUCAUUGCUGCAAAUCCUGUUGAGCUAGCUGUGGGUAAUAUUGUAAGGCGAGUUUUGCACAUUAUAAGGGAGGAACAUCUUUCCCUUGCAACGGAUGCUAUUGCUGGUUUGGGAAUAUCAGCAGAAAGCGAUGAUGAAGAUGAUGUGGAUCGAGAUGAUCAUCCUGUUCUAUCUGCAGCUGCUGUUGCCGCUGCUGCAAGAAGCACUUUGCGUCCACCAUCAUUGCAAACUCUUCUAGAGGAUGUGCCUAAUUCAGCUGCCAUUCCACACGCAUCUUCUUCAGGGGGUGAAUCUGAAGGAAAAAGUAGAUCAGCCGACAAAGGUUCCCGAGGUCGGAAGCUGAAACACGAUGUCAUUGAAGCUGUCAAUGAUCUUAUUCAAGAUAUUGCCACUUGCCAUGAACAAAUAGCAGAGCAGGCUGUAGAACACAUACAUCACAAUGAGGUAAUACUAACGCUAGGGAGUUCAAGAACAGUGCUGGAGUUUCUUUGUGCUGCAAAGGAGAAGAAGAGAUCAUUUCGGGUCUUUGUUGCUGAGGGUGCCCCAAGGUUGGUAGGGCAUCUCCUUGCAAAAGAUUUGGCAGCAAGAGGCUUACAAACCACAGUAAUAACUGAUUCUGCAGUUUUUGCCAUGAUAUCCCGUGUAAACAUGGUUAUAGUUGGAGCUCAUGCUGUCAUGGCUAAUGGAGGAGUUAUUGCCCCUGUUGGGUUGAAUAUGGUUGCACUUGCAGCUCAAAGGCAUGCUGUUCCUUUUGUUGUACUUGCUGGGAGUCACAAGUUGUGCCCUUUGUAUCCUCAUGAUCCUGAGGUCUCGCUGAAUGAGCUGAGGUCUCCUUCUGAGCUGCUUGACUUUGGGGAAUUUUCAGAUUGUAUGGAUUCGUCAAGUGGUGCGGGUUCUCUUCAUGUUGUUAAUCCAACAUUUGAUUAUGUGGAUCCAAAGCUUGUUAGUCUCUUCAUUACUGACACAGGUGGCCACAACCCAUCAUACAUGUACCGGCUCAUAGCUGAUUAUUACUCUGCUGAUGAUUUGGUGGUGAACGGAGGAACUAUUGCUGGGAGUUGA